UAUGAGAUCGUCAGGGAAGCGCUGAAGUGUAGAGGGGUAACUAUGAAUUCGAACCGGCUUAUGAUCUUUGAAGAGGACCGCCGGCAUCUAUGCUUGAACAUUGCGCAGCCAUAUCUGUAGACUGUUGGUAACCAAGCUUGAUGAAAAUAGGGCCCAAUGUUGAGUAAGUGCAGAAGGCGAUAGAGGGUUAGUCGGCGCAGGAAGUGCGCCUAAUUUUAGGGAGGUCGGUCUAGGGAAGUUUAUAGUUAAAGGACGCCUAAACUACAGUUAAGGAACCUGCCAAACCCAUGCAAGCCUCUUCGUCGAUUGGAAAUGGAAACCACCCACAGCUAUGUACGCUGCGUACAACGAGGAACAAGAAGUACAGAAGACUAGGAUAAAUAAUAGACACGUAGGGGUUGGGUUGGGCCAGUUUGAAAUCCCGCCUGGAUCGGUUCUUCAGCGUGGGAAACGCAGGUUAUUUUGCCCCCGUCCGCUAGUUACGAUUCUUCGCCAACCACCCUCAACCCAACCAGAUUCCCAGCACACCGGAUUCCCAGCGGAACGGUCCAACCUACGCAGCUGGACCCGACAGUCAGGUUCGUAUGGCGGCUGGUGUGAACUAUUCUUGCAUCAUGGCAAAUGUUCCGUCCCAGCAGUCAGGGUCAACUAUAACAUGCGCAACAAUAACUGUGCUAAAGGGACCGGCCUCAAGAAACAGGCGAAAUACACCAAGAGCCUACUACUGCGUAGUUAGUUACUCCGUACUCCGUCUAGCUCAUUAUUCUGAAGCCCGAGCUGCGGCGCCGUUGAUGCCCAAGCGACACGGACGGCCAACUCCUCUCACAUCCCCGCUACGAUGGUUGUACGGACUAUUGAGUUGUUAAAAUGAUGAGAGCCGAGAGAGUUGUGGCUGCUCUCCCAAUAACUCAAUUAAGGCCAAGAAAUGGGAGGCAAUACUUAUCGAAUAACAGGUGUAUAACUUACUUUGUCGUCAUCAACUCUUUUUCAUCGAAACUAUCGCUGACCCCCUCUCUCGGGUCAGGCCUCAAGCUUAACCCAAGCGAAGAAAGUCAGGGAUGCUAGAUUACGCAGAGCAAAGCCCCCCACAGCGGUCUACAUGCUUAUUCGUCUCCCGCUCUUCCCGGCUCUCUUUGCUUUUUCCCCAUUUUGGACAACCCAUGGCGCCCCUCGCUUGGGACAGUUGGGACGGUUUGGAGGGGCAGAUGAGAGCGUGUGGGUGGGUGGGUAACUAGUUUAUCCAGCAGUAUGGAAAUAUAAAUGGGCCGAUCAAUUACUGUUAAGGAAGGUCAUUCCCCGUUCAUAACUAACUACAUAACUACAUACACUGCAGAGUUACUCAAAAGGGCACAUACAAGAGUUAUCAGACCAAUAAAACUAGCUCAAGCGCUCGUUACACAUGGCAUCACAUUGCUUGAUCUACAUGACGUGGGAAAUGAAAUCUCGUGGAUUUUAAAACCGAUGCACACUCAGCAGGCAUGAGCGAUGUUGGGAAAAUUGAAUUGAUCUAAUUCCUCCCCCCGCCCUUCCUCUUUAACACGAGCCACCCUCUAUUGUUUUUCUCUGGAUAAGCAAUAAAGGCAAAAGAAAAAUACAAAAAAAAAAAAAAAAAAAAAAAAAAAAAAAUUGGACAAGAAGCCCGGUUACUUCAAUAAUAACGCUACACAUGAUAAACAGACUAGGAUCUGGAUGUUGACGAAGUCCGAUCCGCUUUGAACGCUCUGGGCUCCUUCUACUGCGCAGACGAAAAUUCGAAAACCUCGCUUCACACGUCCAAAUAUAUACACACAGUGUUCAAAACUCGCUGCUCCUCCUUCUGUCAGACUCUUUUGCAUCUAUCGGCUCCUCCUCCGCAGCGCAUAGACUUGACGGCCGGAAACAGUUGCACUGAGACAGUUAUUCAUAUUUAGUUCACCCCAAUUCAACCACCUGGAUACCAAAGGGUGAAAGCUGUUCAAGCGGAGUCUUUGUGGAUGUCUCGAGACGAGCUCCCAUCCACGCCGUCGGAAGGUACAUACAUGUACAUGCUUGCCAGAGCCAGGCUCCAGAUACACGACCAGGCUUAAUGAAUCCGUCAAUGGGGGCCCUAGGCAUGCCCCGGCCCAGUAUGGAUAGCCCGCGGCAACAUCAACAAUGGCAUCACUCUCUACGAAGGACACCAUUGGAACGGCUCCCGAUCGAACUGAUCCAGAAAAUAUUCUUCGAAUGUCUAGAAAUUAAUCUCCCUCGCACAUCUCUCCCCAUCGCCCUUGCCUUGUCCAACGAUGUCAUUCAUACCUGGCUCAUCCGCCUAGCCUUCAGCAGCAACAAUGAGUCGGCCCGAACUGGCUUCUUCACAAAGCCUUACCUCCCCCUUGACUACUUUUCCCUCUCAGCUUCGCAACGGGCUUCCCUUCAAACUGAAAUCCUCAAGUGCCGAUGGUGCACUUUACCUCUCAUGCGCAAAUGCCAGCGCGAGCAUGUGGAACAUGUUAUACGUGAAAAAUGCAAAUAUCUCAGAAUAUCUUGCGCCGAUUGCCAGAAAUUGGAAAAUCUCAAGCCAUACUGGGAAUCCAUGGACCGCUUCGACCCUCGGCCCCCUGGGAGCCGGGGCAGCGGUGAUCUCACCGUCGAGGCUCGGAUAUCCCAACCACCAAAUAUACAGCCAGAAAAUAACCCCUCGACAUCUACAUUCAUUCCCAUCACGCCCACGCCCGCUCCCAACACCACGAACAUGAGCAUUAUUCUGGGCGCUUCAGCUGCCAGCACGCACAGUGCCUCGCGCAAAAUAGCAAUCUGGUUCAACUCCGGCUCCGUCCAAAUCCGUGAACGAAGCCCCAUCUUCCAAGAGACAGAUGUCUUCCGCCUCCCCUCCUGUAGCACCCGUGAGCCCUGCCGGAUACCCGACCGCCUCCUCUGCCCACCCUGGACACCCGAAAAACUAGAAUUCCUAACCCUUCUAUCCACAGAAGCAUACAUCGACGAAAACGAACGGCGCGAUCGAUCCAAGGCCGUGUUACGGCAGGUAAUUGACGACCGUGACCUAGAGACCUUCAAGUACAUGCUCGGCAUGCACAUCCGCGCCAAGAACUAUGGGUAUCCGUUCCCGUGGCCGGUUCGACAGACGCAUUACCGGGCUGCUGCUAGAAUGGCAGAUCGGAAGGAUGAUGAUCCGUUCUUGAGGAUUUUGUUUACGGAUCGCAAGGGGGAGGUUCCGGCUACGGAUCAAAGUAUCAAGGCUCUCUUGGUGAAGUAUGAACAGAGGGAGAGGGAGAGGGAAAUCUUUGAAAGCUGAAAAAUUUAUGAUGAAAGUACAGUUGAUGUGGGCAGUCAAGGGUGGUUAUUUUUUCAUUUUCAUUCUAUAUUUUUUAUAUUUUUCAUUUUUUCAUUUUUAUAUUUAUAUUUAUAUAUUUUUUGCUGUUGAAAUUUGCUCUUUUGACUUUGAUCAUCUCUUGCUUCUAUUAUGAUGAUAAUGAUGACAUAACUAGUUAUCUCCUUCCCGUUUCCAGCUUGAAAUGUAACCGACAGGCUAGCUAUUUUGAUUCGCUUUUUGACUAGCCGUGACGACUGCUGGGUUCAUACUAUUCAUCUCUCAUGCCCUUGAAGAAGAAGUUUUACGAGCUUGUGGAAUAAAAAAGAUUUCCUUUAUCAAAACCCUGGGGCCAUCAGUGCCAAUAUCGCCCAUCUGAAGCUCGCGUCAUAUAUGAUUUCCUUGCUCUCUUAACAUCACGAAGGAUAUGGUUGUAACGAAUUGGGAUGAAAAUAAAACUCUCUAGCUAGCCAGCUUGUAUACAGUUAUACAAUAGCAAAAGUAGUACAUGUACCUCAUUGAUUGGCCUGCUGUAGCAACUGAACUACGAACCACGGAUGGGUACAUCUGAAAUACUCUGCAGUACAUAUGGUCAUUGCUCAGCAACGCCUCCAAAUUCCUCCGAGCCUCUUCACCGUGGAUCGAUACUCGAUCAGUGUUGCAGAAAUUUUCAGCGCGUCAGUGUCAUUGGCUCUGUUGAAAAGUGCCCUUUAAUGUACAGUAACUAACUACGUGGCUGCGUCGAGGAGCCAGGCUCCUGGGUAUGGACAAAGUACGGCUGAAGGAACAUUUACUAUUUGUUGCUGAUGACGGUUUUUUGUUCUGCCUCUUUAGCUGGGUAACUGUGCGAGAACGAAUGGCUCGUUUUAAGUUCUGGAGAACAGGUGGGCGGGCGUAUACAGAGUAUAAGAAAAUAUAAAUGAAUAAAAAUAAAAUAAC